AUGGAAGGAAGAGUUUCGAUGGAUAUACAACAAGCCUCCCUUGAACAAGACACCAGCAGAUGCAAGAAUGAAAUGAUUUCAGGACCUACGGAAAGGGUUGAGCAGAGGAUACAAAGUAAUGCGCGAUACAUGAAAAGAGAAGAUCAGCCAUAUAUCACUGCUGGAACAGCUGAAGUGACUCGCCCCUCCUUAAAUUCUACACGAUCUACAGCGACAUCGAACGGUGAAGAGUGGCGCGGAAAGCGCGAUAAUCCUGUCAGUGCAGAGCAAUCUUUCAAGCGUUUACAAUCACACGAAAAUAGGAUGCAAGAUACACCGAGUAUUGCAGAACGAGACGAAAGUGCCAGAUGGAGAGAACAAUGUACAAAACUGCAAGAAGACAAAAGGAAAAUUGAAAGAUCUUUCAACAGAUAUGUGAAUGACAUGGAUCGGCAUUUGGACAAUAUGGACGAGGACACACGCAGAUUACAAGCCAAAAUCGAACAACUCGAGUCUGACAAGUUAGCAAUCGAAGAAAAGCAUAAUGCGUUUAUCCAAAAGCAACAGGAAGUAACAUUUAGUCAAAUGACAACCUCACACUGGAGGCCUGCCGAAGAUAGGAAAGUUAUGGGAGACUUUGAUAGGCUCAAGAGAGAUAUGCGAAGCUGGGCGAAGAAAGCAGGAAUUCUAAACGACAUGGCUUCUGUUCUGAGCCCGCUUGAUGAUAGCGCUAGUGCAGCUUUGAGGGGUACGUUGGAACGUGUGGUCCAGUUUCGGGAUGAUAAUACACUUCCCAACGGUUUGGUUAGAUCGAAAAAGACACCGGGACUGCUUCUGAAUGCUCUUCUUUCCCAUGGUAUCUAUACAACCUUGUUUCGAAGCCCCUUCUUUUUUGCGGAAAGAAUCAUCGAAGGCCAAUCUUCAAGGCUAGAUUGCCGUGAUGGACUAGAAGAAGUAUACGAUUAUGGUAUUCUUUCAAACGAAGAAAAUGCUCAUCUUUGGCGAUCCCAGACUUUGAGACUCCUAUUUCCCCCGAUAGAGACUGACAUCUCAAAUGGAGAAGUAGCUUUACAUGAGAUAACGAAGGAAGCGAUAGCGGAAGUAGCAAAUCAACAAGCUUCAAAAUUUCUAGCAGGGCCAGCUCGUUAUCUCAUCGCCAAUGAAGCUCGGGAGAAGAUUUACACUAUACAUCGCGAGGCAGCCACAAUGUCGUACAAUUUAUGGACAAGAAGGACCAGAAUGAAGUGUUAUACUUUACAGAGCUUGAAUCGUCCCACUUUCGAUCCUGAUGACAAACAUCUGCUUUCGCAUUCUUCGGUAGAUUACGAAAGUCACGAAGACCGACUGAUAGGAAAGCCAAUUGAUGUGAUUGUGCACCCACUCGUGAUGGUCUAUGGGACAGACGAUGGAGAGAAUUAUCAACAGGGACGUGUAUGGGCGCCUGCAGAAGUAUGGCUUGAUAGCAAAUCCCCAUCUGCAUAA